CAAAGUGCUUCCGGUUGGUGGGGACACGUCACUCAUUCGACUGAGGAAGACGAACAGUGCAAAAAUCGCCUUCUAGUAAAAAAUAUCCUGUAACCAUGUCGAAUUCGGUCAUAUCAGUGAUCUCUCGGUUCCUGGAGGAAUACACCACCACGACGCCCAACAAGCUGAAAGUGGUGGACGCGUAUUUGUUGUACAUCUUGCUGACCGGAGCGCUGCAGUUCCUGUACUGUCUGCUCGUUGGCACCUUCCCCUUCAACAGCUUUCUUUCGGGCUUCAUCUCAUGUGUGGGCUCUUUCAUUCUCGCAGUGUGUCUUCGUAUCCAGAUCAACCCACAGAACAAAGGAGACUUCCUGUCUAUCUCCCCAGAGAGAGCCUUUGCUGACUUUCUAUUCGCUCACACCGUCCUGCAUCUUGUUGUGAUGAAUUUCAUUGGUUGAAAAGACGUGCAUCCAACUAAUACUGUCCCCCUCUCAGAAGGUCAAGACAAGAGAAGUUAUCAAAACUCUCCUUCAAGACUUGAUGCUACAUCUGGUUUUUGGCCAUUGAUUUGGAAAAAGUACAACCCAUCAUCUACACUGAAUUAAUUGCACCUUGUCACAUAUGGUGCAUUGCAGUUUUCGUACUGAUAAUGGUUAAUUUCUGUCAUUCUUUUUUUUAAAUGUUAAAAUUUGUAAAGCAUUCCCUUUUGCACUGAGACAAAGAAAUAAAAAGAACUGAAAUGGCGA